AACCAAGGAGGGUUAGUUCGGGUCUGUUCGUUUCACUAACUGAGGUUGUUUGGUUCAGUCGCUGAAUGCUGUGAAAAGUUUACACAGCUCAUCAGACAGUCACUGUUUUCGUGGGCCGAGGAACAACUGAGCUGACGGAUGAGCGGACAUUGUUGUUUUUUUCCUCAGGUGUGACUGGCAAUAGGUGUAGGCAACAAAAGUGCCUGCUCCUUUGUAAACAACAGAGAUUUGAGAUGAAGAUACCGGACGUGAUUCAAGCCCUCCUCUUGGUCCAAAUCCCUGCGGCCUUCCUCUUCACUGCUGUGUUGGCUCAGUCCGACAGCAGCAGUGUGGUUGUUGCGGGCUACAACGUGAGCGCCCCCACUGGCUCUAGGGUGGUACUGCAGUGUGUGAGCGGGCGCAUGGUGUGGACCAGGGACAGUCUGAAGGACAGACAGAGGGUGGUCCACUGGGACCUGUACCGCCCAGGGCCAGACUAUGCCAUGGAGAGGGUUGCAGACAUGUUCUCUGCUGGAGACCAGCGCAUCUAUAACGGACACAACCAGGGGAGGGUCAGCCUCAGCCAAUCAGCAUUCAACGACGGAAACUUCUCUCUCGUCAUCAGAGACAUUGCGAUAAGUGACCGAGGCCUGUACUCCUGUAACCUGCACCAUCACUACUGUCACCUGUAUGAAACGAUCAGAAUACAGGUCAACGUCACCAAGUCACGUCGUAAGGAGCAGCGGUUCUGGGACGGUCAGAAAGCUGUGUUUGUGGUGUUGGUAGGCAGCACGGUGGUGUUGCCGUGUGUGAAUCGCCGCUCUGUGUGGACAGAAGAUGGCAGUGAGGAGGAACAGCAGGUGGUGCAUUGGGACCGGCAGCCUCCGGGUGUUCGUCACGACCGUGCAGACCGUCUGAUAGACCUGUAUGCCUCUGGGGAGCAGCGCAGCUACGGACCCCUGUUCCUACAGAGGAAGAUGAACAUUAGCGCUGAGUCCUUCACACAGGGAGACUUCUCUCUGGCUAUCUCUGCCCUGCAGCCAGGAGAUCAGGGUCUGUACACCUGUCACCUACAUCAUCACUACUGUGGUCUUCAUGAGAGAAGACAGUUUCAGCUCACCGUAGGCCCAGCUGAACCUCAGGCUACUGUUGCCCCAAGAGCACUGCCCAACCAAGACAAGGAGGAUAGCAAGGCUGAGGCGCCACGUGUCAUCAACGUCAUCCUGCCUGAUCAGCGACAUCAUUUCCUGCUGCCCCUUGGCUACAUCCUGACGACGCUCCUCCUCCUGGCCUUCAUUGUGCUCAUCAUCAUCAUUAUUACCCACCGACGCAAGACCAAAGCGGUGGAGUUUUACCCACAGACAUCUAUGAGAUCCAACAGGGGUGACAUGGCCACCAAUGAGUUUGAGAUGGACGUUCCUGAAGUCAAGACGUGCAACCAGGAGGAGAAGAAACUAGACUACAAAAACAACCUGCUGAGGGAGAAGGUUCAAAUGUCCACCCUGCCCAAAGUCAUCGACCUGGACAAAGAGAUGGAGAAGGUGUAUUGGAAAUGAGAGGGGAGUCAGCUUGCCGCUGGCUGGUCCAGAGGCAGACGCUACAGACACAGGUUGCAUUCCAAACCAACACCUAGGCCCUCUGCUACUGGUGUUUCAGUGUACUGUAGGGAUGUCCACUCUCCUCCACUAGUCCCACCUCUACAUUCCACCUCAAGUUAGACCCUUCACUCACAUUUGAUAACCACAAUGGGAUUGUAAAUCUUACUGUAUGCUUCACAGGUGAAACAGUUUGAGCAUAUAUUAUGACAAAAUGUUGUGUGGUUUUUGUUCGUUUUGAUGUUCGGCAGGUUCAUGCACACAAAACAUUUUCUUGAGGCAAGUCAAAGUUCGGUAGUCGAAGUCUACACCCUUUUUGUCAGUGAUUGGUCAACUGUACUACUUCUAGUAGGAAUGGAAACUAUUGAAGGGAUUCUUGAAAGAAGUGUUUGUUGUAAUUUUUCCACGCAUUUUUUCAUGUGACGAAGACCUCCUCGUCCAAAACGCCAAUUUAUUACAGAUUUCUGGAUUUAUCUUCGUUAAUUCUGACUAUUUUGAGGAAGUGUAUACUGGCUGUGUUGUUGCUUCGGCGUCUCGUGUUUUUUUUUCUUGUUUUUCAAGCGAAGGUCUUUUAAGGGAGUAUGUGAGGCACAGAUGUUUGCUUAACCUAGCCGAGUUCUAGGUUAAGCAAAGCGAACCUAGUAUGUGAGGCACAGAUGCUUGCUUAACCUAGCCGAGUUCUAGGUUAAGCAAAGCGAACCUAGUAUGUGGGCACAGAUGCUUGCUUAACCUAGCCGAGUUCUAGGGUAAGCAAAGCGAACCUAGUAUGUGGGCACCUUUAAACAGUUAAACAGCAAUACUAUUACCUUCUUAUUGUUACAAUUAUGUAAUUGGUUGCAAAAACUGCUGUUGUGGGAAGGUAUUUAUUUACAAAGAUGCACAGGGUUUAAAUGACAGGGUUACCGAAGCCCAGAGCUUUUCCCAAGUUAGGAUAGAUGGUUAGGGUAACUCCAGUCCCUACCUGUGUUCUCUCAGCACCACUGAACCCUCUAGAGGGGAGUGAAGACCCUGACUUCUUCAGACAGCAUUACACGCUACAGAUAUGAGUUAUCCUUAGACACAGACCUAGGAUCAGCGUACAAUCCCAACAUUAACCAUUAAGAGGGAACUAUGCAAAACUGGCCAUAGAUCUGUUGUCUACAGGCAACUUGAUCCUACUCUGCUUCACAUUCGCAACUACAGUAUAUACAGUAGUUUUUCAUAAAAACCUAUUGUGAGUGAUCAUACUGCCAUCACAUGACUAUAUUGGUGUAUUGUACAGUCACCUUUUGACUGACUAGGUCGUCAUUGUAAAAUAUAACUCAUUUUCAAUGACUUACCUGGCUAAACAGAGAAUAAAAUAAAGUGAUACAAGUGUAAUUUUCUAAUAAAUAAGCCAUUGCAUUGCACAUUAUGAACUGUUUGUAUUUGUGUACUCUGAUGCUUUAUGUUACUAUUGUAUUGUUUCGUUAAUGGACCGAAUCCCUUAUAUCCGUUAAGUUGACACUUUCCUGUAUCAUGUCUCCUUGUCUGCGUAACAAAUAGCUUAUUGGGACAAUAAAGAUCUACUCUACCCAACUCUA